CUUCUAAUUAGUCGCCUUCAACAGUAGCGUGACUUUAAAAAAUUUAUUGUCGGGCUAUCUGAGGGAUUGGUUUUCUGAAGAGUUCUUAAAGCCAGAAGCAGCGCUAAAGAUCACUUUCAGUAAUAUGCAAACGAAAUGUCUACUACUCAAAAUAUGAUAUUGUACUGAGAGACCUAUUUGAAUAUAGUGAAGUUUGCACCCUGAUGCGUGUUGCUGAGCAGCAUUCUCGUUGUAUCAACAACCGGUCACAUCCUCGUUCAUGUACUUUAGAAUGUCGACAACGCGAUAAAGAUUUGGAGGAGGCUCGUUCGCGUGCUACUCAGCUAGAGAAAACAAUGAGAUGGUGGUCUGAUUGCACUGCUAGUUGGAGAGAGAAAUGGGCUACUUUGAGAGAUGAAAGAAAUUAUCUGCGCGAAAAGUUAAAUUCAACACAGAAAGCUCUGGAAGGUGCAACAGAAACAAUUGAAUUUCUAAAAUCAGAAAAACAAGAAUUACUAAAUGACUUCCGAAAAGCUUCGAAUAGUCAUCACAAUUCCACUUCAACCAUUUUGCCUCUAAAUCCUGCCUUUCAUACAGUACAAGAGUCAAGCCAAUCAAGAAAAGCAGAUAUAAGUACAAAUCAAGAUACUGAAAAGUUGAAUGAAUCAUCAGAGUGUGUUGACAGAGCAACUGAGUUUCCCAAUAACAAUCAAUCAUCGAAAAGGCAAUUACUAGAACUGGCAUCAACAAUUCGCUGGUGGAAGUGCCAGUGCAUGUCACUUGAACAGGAGAUUCGUCAUCUUUUUGAUUCAAAUACUAAAAACUGGUCAAAAUGCGAAGUUUUAUCCCAUGAAAAUUAUUUACUCAAACAAGAAAAUGAUCUUCUGAAGAAAGAGAUAGCUAGUCUCUGGAGUAUACGAGACAAUGUAAACGAUACGCAUGCUGAUAGAAUCUCCAGUAUAAAUGACCUUGAAUCACGAGCAAGUGAAAAUAUUGAAAACGACCCACAUAAACAAAAUACUGAUACAAAUGAAAUGUCAGUAGAAGACUUGUUAUUUCAACUUUCUGAGAAAAACUGUCAAAUAGAUUUAUUACAGCGCCGUUUAUCCUUUAUGCUACAUGAACGUGGCGUCCUGUGUCAUCAGUUGGAAGAAAUGAACACAAUACAUGAUAAAUUGGGGAAUAAGAUGUCCCUGACUGCUAAGAGCAAACGUACACAACUUCUUAUGAACAAUGCAACACUGAAAGAUGAUUUUUCAAAAUAUUCUUACAGAACUGAAAUAGAUUCUAACUGUGAUACAGAAUUCACCUCUGAACUACCCACAACAAGUUUAAUCACCACAACAAAUAUAGUAAAUAAAGCAGAGAUAAUCCAGUCUACAUCGUCAACUGAAGAAUGCAAAUUCCUUGAUAAAAAGGCUAGUGAAUUACAGAUUGAUGAUACUGAUGGAAUAUGAGGACUUGUACAAGUACAAAACACUGUGACAGAUAAAAUGUUUAACGUCUAGAAUAGUCUUUUAAAAAAGGAAUCACACACCGUUGCAUAUCGAUCUGCACACAAGAUAAUUCGUAGACGAAUCGUUGUACAAAUAUAUAUACUGUACGAGAAAAACAGUCGCUGUUAAUUUCUGAGUCUUAAUCAUGUUUAUAAUCUCUAUAUCCAACAAUGAAUACAAUUUUCCCAUAUUGAAAUUUUUGUUAAACAUUUAUAGCAUUUCAAAAACGCCUCCAAUCAUCUGAUUAAACAUCUAUUUUCUAAAUUGAUGUACAUUUUUUGACAAGUAGAUAAUUCACUUCCUUUUGUUUUCGACACUCUACUUCAACAGGUUAUCUUUUCAAAAAUUGAUAGAAAAAAGCAAACAAUUCCAUUGCAUUUUAUUUAUAUUCCUGAUUUCACACUAUGAUUUCUCUUAAAAGUGUUUACCUAAGAUCUCAAAUGAAUUUAUGUAAAAUUAAAUACUUGUGUUCAAUGAAAGAUAUUUAUUUGAUGUAGAGAUUGGAAUAAAUUUGCUUAAUAAAGAAUACGGCUUGAAACACAGAAUUCGACGCUUCUUUUAAGAAUACGAUAAAAACGUAUGUGAACUGUACUCUAUCAAUACUGAAAGUAUUUUGUCUGGUGGCAGAGCUUUAACCGAACACGAUGAGGGAAAUUAUGAAAAGGCGAGAUUUGAGCAGAUACAUUACGACUAUCUCUUUGAUUACUGUGAGCGCAGUGAAUAAAAUAUAAUAGUAUGGUCACCACUGUCUGAAUGUACCCUCGCAGUGACCUCUUAGGUAGACUCGUCUUAGAUUCUGUUAUUAUGCAUCAAGGGGACUGUUCACUGUUAUUUAUUCGGCUCCUAACAGUGUACACAUAUCAUUUUUGUUUUUACAUUUGAGAUCAAAUUUCAUUUCUCCUGUCUGUUUCGUAUCGAUUCGAAUACAUUCAUACGCUUAAUAUGUUGAACUAAGCGUUUUUUUUUCAAAAUAGAGCAUAACAACAGUUCCUCAGUUAUAAGUGUUUCCUAAACUAUGGUCACCUUGAUCGCAUUAAUCAGACAUAUAAGAUAAACUUAUUUUCCACUGGGAAAACAAACCAUUUCAGCGUUACAAUACUGGCUUUUGGAGUUCACUAUGAUCCAGCUUCACAUAACUGAAUGACAUAAACGUCUUUCUGAAAAUAACUUAGUAUUGUUGAUAUUAGAAUAGAACCUCUGCACUGUGGUAGAGUAUAAUUCCAUU